AUGCCGCCCAAAAAUGCCAAUGCGAAUGCAACCAGCCGCAAAGGUCCGCAGUUUAAACCACCGCGACCAGUGAAGGCACCUGCACAAGCUUCUGCAGCGACAAAACGCGCAGGAGCAGGCGCUGCAAAGAAGGCUCCCGCCAAACCAGCGUUCCAGCCAGCAGCCGAGAUUAUCUCAUCAGACGACGAGCAGCCAGAUGAGGAGCAAUUCGACGAUGAUGACGAUCUGAUGGAAGACGCGCCUGCUCCAGCACGCAACGCCCGACCACGGCCCACCGAAGUGCUACCAAGUCCCAUACCUGCACCACUCCUUGCGCGUCUACUCUAUGAGAACUUCGAGGACCCGAACACCCAGAUACAGAAAGGCGCCAUGAACCUCGUGGAGAAGUACAUGGAGAUCUUUGUGCGCGAGGCGUUCGCCAGAGCGAAGCAGGAGCGGGAGCUCAGCGUCAAGGCCGGAGGAAUAUCGGAUGGAUUCUUACAGGUGGAGGACCUGGAGAAGCUGGCGCCGCAAUUGGUAUUGGACUUUUGA